AUGGUGUACUGUAAAGUUGCUGAAGCAAUCUGUAUCUGGUGUUUUGUGUCACUGCAGAUUGCUGCAGCAGACAAUCCUGAAGAUCCUGAGAGAAUGGUAAUUAUCACUGGACCACCAGAGGCUCAGUUCAAGGCACAGGGGAGGAUAUAUGGGAAGUUGAAAGAGGAGAAUUUUUUCACUGCUAAGGAAGAAGUGAAGUUGGGGGCACAUAUAAAAGUGCCUUCGACCGCCGCCGGACGAGUCAUCGGGAAGGGUGGCAAAACGGUCAAUGAGCUGCAGAAUCUCACCAGUGCUGAGGUCAUUGUACCACGGGACCAGACACCAGAUGACAAUGAUGAAGUGUUUGUUAAGAUAAUUGGACAUUUCUUUGCCAGUCAGACUGCCCAGCGCAAGAUAAGGGAGAUUGUUCAACAGGUCAAACAGCAAGAGCGGAAACACCAGCAAACGGUGCCAACACCUUCACAACCAUCCAAAUGAUCAGCAGACGCCAGCAAGCAGCAGUUAAUGAAUGUAGCUCAUGCGAGGACAAAACGAAAUUCAAGAAAUAGACAAAGAGAGAGUGAGACAGAGCGGGAAACGGAGAGAGAGAGAAGCUGAUGAAGAGGACCAGCAGUUUAAAACAACCAAAGUACUUAAAGCACAAAAACGUUUGGUCAUGCGGAUAUGAAUGAGGAUGAUCGAGAGCGUUAUCAGGUCAGAGAUCUUUCAUGGACCAUGGACCUGAUAUUUCAUAUUGAGCUCUUUUUGUUACUGAUUAAGCUGAUGUGAGGAUUUGUGCACUGUGAAGUAGACUGCUGGAUGAGGUGAAUGCACACUGCAGGUAGAUUAUAUAGGACUUGCAGGUCUAGUUGUGCAUCAGAUGUACUAACUUAUUAGGAGAUAUAAUAAAUUGCACAGCAAUAUGUUAAUAAUAUUCUAAAAACAAUUCUAUAGGUUUAUUCAACAGAAUUUUCUUUGGAAACUCAUUUCAGGCUAUUUAAUGUGAGUAAUCAGAUUUGUUUGACUUUUCUAGUAACUAAUUAGUACAGCACGGUAACUAAAAGCAUUAAGUGAUGUUACAAAGGAACGCACAUGUAAAAGGGUGCUUGCUGUGUGCCAGCAUUUCACUUCCAGUUCCUCUUUUGCAUUGCUGAGUCUGAGCAUUUCUCCUCUGCUUGCUGCCCUGUUCUCUUUUCUCUUUUUUUAUUAUAUUGCUUUCUCUUAAAUGUUUCCAUGUUCCCGACU